AUUAAGGGUUCCACAUUUAUGUAAAAUUUUCUUGGCAUUAAAAUACUGACUUUUACGCCUAUAGCUAUACUACUAUAUUAAAUAUUGACAAUUACAUAAUAACUAUAUGUAUAAUAUAUACUUUGUCCGUAACAUCUUUCACGUGUGGCUUUGCUAAUUACUCCAGUGAAUGCAAAUACAUAUUGAAUUAUAGGCAAUUGCUUGUUCUUUUCUGUGGAAGACCAGGUAUGAAAUUUAAACGUCGUUGCUCUUAUUGAUGUCAUUUGUAGCAAUAGUUUUAUUAUAUAAAUGACUUUAGUUAAGGGGAGAAAAACAAACCGUAUAUGUUAUUUUCUCUGCAUCUCACCAAAAGAUAACAAAAAUAUAGUCGGUAUAUUUUAAUUUAUAAUAUUACAGUAAACAUCCCUUAAAUAUAAGAUUUGAUUUUUAUUUCAAUAAUAAUAUUUCGUUUAGGAUUAAAAACUAGAGUGUUCUCCCUUGUUUAUAUUCCAGCAUGGCAGCUAAACCAUCAGCGCUGGCGCUAAAAGUCCUGGCCGAGUGUCCCGUGACGAAAGCCCGAGCUUGCGAAAUGAAACUACCGCAUGCAACUGUUUUAACACCAGUAUUCAUGCCUGUUGGUACACAGGGAUCAAUGAAAGGACUUGUUCCAGAACAACUGAAGGAACUAGAUUGUCGCAUUAUUCUGGGGAACACGUACCACUUGGGACAUAGGCCGGGACCAGAACUUAUUAGAAAGGCAGGAGGUUUGCAUGAAUUUAUGAAAUGGGACAGAGCUUUAUUGACCGACAGUGGUGGUUUCCAAAUGGUUUCUCUUCUUAAGUUAGCAGAAAUAACAGAGGAAGGCGUUCGUUUUCAGUCUCCUCAUGAUGGUUCCAUGAUGCUGCUGACACCAGAACGUUCAAUUGAAAUUCAAAAUGACAUCGGUGCAGAUAUAAUAAUGCAGCUAGAUGACGUGGUGGCCAGCACAGUUACGGGACCUAGAGUAGAAGAAGCCAUGCACAGGACAAUUCGCUGGCUAGAUCGCUGCAUAUCAGCCCAUAAACGUCCACACGAACAGAAUCUCUCCAUUGUCCAAGGUGGUCUCAACGAGGACCUACGUCGGCAGUGUGCAAGAGAGUUGGUGAAACGCGAGGUACGGUUUGCAAUUGGUGGGCUAAGUGGUGGGAAAAAGAAUGAUUUUUGGCGUAUGGUGACAGCUUCUACUGAUGAGUUACCAAAGACAAAGCCAAGAUAUCUAAUGGGUGUUGGCUUUGCAGUCGAUCUUGUUGUGUGUGUAGCACUAGGAUGUGACAUGUUUGAUUGUGUUUUCCCGACAAGGACCGCCAGGUUUGGUUGUGCUCUUGUUUCUUCUGGUCAGCUGAACCUUAAGAGCAAAUCCUUUUCUAAAGACUUUCAACCUAUUGAUAAAAGCUGUGACUGUACUACAUGUGCUAAAUAUACUAGAGCAUAUUUACACACUGUUGUAACAAAUGAAACUGUAGCCUGUACACUUUUAACUGUGCACAACAUAGCAUAUCAAUUAAAUCUAAUGAGAACUAUGCACAAAAGUAUUAUUGAAGGCCGGUUCCCAUCGUUUGUGAAACAGUUUUUUAAAGUUAUGUUUCCAGAGAAAAAUUACCCAGAGUGGGCUGUUGAUGCUCUUGUCUCAGUUAAUAUUGUUCUUGAAUGAUGGUGCCGACAAAAGAUUUAUUGCUGAAAUGAAAGAAGGCGGUAUCUUGAGUUGUUUAAGGCGUCUAGUAUAGAAUAUGAGUGCAAGUAAUCCUAUGUUAAUAAUAGCUGAGUUAAUUUCAUAUUUUAAAAUCGUUUUUUUUUUGUCCUGAUUAUUUAAUGCACUGCUGAUCAAAGCUUUGAAUCUUAGAUUGUGCAAGUCUAAAUUUCAACCAUCAGAUUUUACAGAGAUCAGUAUGUUAAACAGGAUGGCACACAACAUGUUAUACUUAAUGAUGACAAAACUGAGAUUUGGGGGGGUCUACCGUAUUGAAUCUCUAUUGCUGCUAUUGAUCACAGUCCAUUCCAAUUAUAACCUGUUUUCUUGCUUUGUUUGUGAAUUCAUAAUUAUCUGUCUUCUGUGUCCAGGUGCAUUCAAAGUAUAAAUCACACAGGUUCCACUUACUAUGGCCUUGCUCUCUGGAUUUGUUUUGCCCUACAGUAUUGACACAUGCUCUCUUUCAGUCUUGAAAUCUGACUUGUAUAUCUCUUCCUAGAGUACCACUGAUAAAUGUAAAUAGUUUUAUAUUUUUGAAUGCCUAUGUAAUGAUGUCUUCGAUGUCUUUGCAUUGUGACUGGAAGGGGCGAUAUUUGUUGCAUUUUAUAAAUGGUGUAUAUAAAUGUGUAUCUAGUGUGUUUGUUAAUAUUUACAUUAUAUUUUUCAUGCUGAUCUCGACCUAUCUUGAUCUUACUUUAUUCUUUGUAAGAGAAACUGGCUAUCGCCACUUUGUGUGCUGUUGUGUCACAUCAUAACUUCAUGUUCGUGUUUUGUAUCUUCAUUGGACUGUUAUUUGAUCUUUCUGUGCAGUGGACUGAGCUUGUCUUUUCAAUGGUGAAUUACAUUAUACCAGUGCACCCUUAUUACUGUAGAGUGCUUUGAGUACUGAUGUUGCUGGAGAAAGGCUGGAUAAAUCUGAUGAUUAAUAUAACCUGUAGAGUAAUAGUAUACAUGCUGAUCAUUAUAAAUAUUAUUUUUAAUGGGGUACACAUUAUCUUAAAGUAAUUUCAACUACAAUCAUUAUGUAUUUCUAUGUUGUUGAGUGAGGGAUACAGACCAAGACAAGAAAAAAAUGUUUAAAAGAGUUUUGUAUUUUGAUAUGAUAAUGAAUAUUUGUUGUGCAAGUUACAUAGGAACCCUGAAUUUUGAGUCUGAACACUACAAAAUUUCUUUAUAUAUAAUCACAACAGUGGAUUAUUUUUCAAUUAAAUGGCAGCUGCUGUACAGUUUUACUUACACUACAGUGUUGCUUAAUACAUGUAUGACUGAUGCACAUUAGAGUAAGUCACAAUAAUAAUUUGUAUACAUGGCAAAGUGAGUGACCUCAAUUACUGUAUGUUUUACCAUCUUUUCCACAUAUGUUUACCAUGCAUUUACAUUAUGCCAUCUUUGUGUGUAAAGUUGAAGUGUUCAUGGAACUGUUGACUGAAAAGACUUUUUUAUGAUUUAUUAUAAUGAUUUUAAAAAAAAACAGAGAAAAAGCAAUUCCGUGUUGCAUCUCUUAACCUUGUAUGAAAUUGUGUGGUCCCACACAUACAUGAUACUAUUUCCUAUUUAGAAAACUAUAAAAAGUGAAUA